ACCUGACUACGCUACGAAUUUCAGAUUGCCGAUUAAAAACCAAGGAACCAGCACCAUUACUUCACCCUCCAGAAAGGAUCAAGAUAUAAGUUGGAAAAAUCCUGACCAUGGAAUUGGAUACAGCCACACGAUCAACACCCCAGUCUUCCUCAUGAUAUUUUUUCAGCCAAUAUCUCCCGAUUUUCUUGAAAUGGGGUGCCCACAAGCUCCCUAAGCAUUAGCAGAAAACUGGACGAAGGAUAAAGCUUCCGCAAUGAGUUGUACUCUUGUGUUCAAUCCCUUCUUCUCCAAUUCCACCAUUAGAGAAUCAAGAAAACCUCCAAAUGCUCUUUCCUGCUCAAAUCCAUCUGUUCGAAUUCUCUGUUCAUCGUCCGCUCCAGAUCACUCCACCGCAACUGAGACAUCUGGAAACAAUGCUUCGUUGACUGGUGGCGCAUAUGAUUUUGAAAGAGCAACUACUUCACUUUCACACAAAUUGUUGUCUUCAUCAAAGAAGGUAACACUUGUACGACACGGUCUUAGCUCUUGGAACAAAGAAGGCAGGGUUCAGGGCAGCUCAAACCUGUCCAUCCUAACUGAAGCAGGUGUUGGACAAGCAGAAAGAUGCAGGGCAGCCUUAGUGGAUAUGCACUUUGACCAGUGUUUUUCGAGUCCAAUAACUCGUGCCAAGUCUACUGCUGAAAUUUUAUGGCAAGGGAGGGAGCAGCCUUUGGUUUAUCUUGACUCGCUAAAGGAGGCUCAUUUGUAUUUUCUUGAAGGCAUGAGAAAUGUGGAUGCCAGGGAGAAAUAUCCCAAGGAGUUUACACAAUGGAGAGAAGAUCCCUGUAAUUUUUGCGUUAAUGGCGUCUAUCCUGUAAGAAAACUGUGGGAGACAGCUCGAGAAGCUUGGUCGGAAAUUUUAUUCACACCGGGGGAGAAUUUCUUGGUUGUCACUCAUAAAUCAAUCUUGAGGGCGUUGAUCUGCACAGCUCUCGGACUGGGUCCAGAGAGGUUCCGUGCAAUCGACAUAAACAAUGGUGGAUUGUCUGUGUUUAGCUUUAAUAAACGUGGGGAGGCGAUGCUCAAAUCCUUGAAUAUGACUGCCCAUAUGUACACUGAUCACAGAUACCAUUACUGAGAUUGCAUGAGAUCAUGCUCUCUAACACAAAAACUACUGCUUGUCAUUUUGGAAAUGUUUUUGCAUUUAUACAGAAGCAGUGAAGUAUGAUGUUGGUUGAUAGAAAUUCUAAGGGUUAGCCAGAUCGAAACCAACUAUAUCACAUUUGUUAUAUAAUUAGUUUGAUUUGACUAAAUUUAAUUUGACUAAGAAUUUUUGAU